UGUUUAGUCUGUUUGGAGUCAUAGAAAGGGAGAGGGACUCUUUUAACACUGCAAAACUAUGAGUUAGCCUUUCAUUGUUGUGGGAGUCAAACAGCUGGUUUAUCAUGUGGGAAUCACGUCUACCAAGCCAGGCAAUGCUGGACUUUGAUGCUUACGAGUGCUAAAUAUGCUUCAACGAGCCCUUAAGAAGUAACUCGAUCUGAUAAAAGCAGACAUGAGUGACACAGUGGAGAACCUGGACACCAGGGACCUGGGCUUCUCAGAUGCUGAGGAUGAACCUGAAGAGGUGGACUGUGAGUUCAACCCCUCAGGGGUAUCCCGUGUCCCAUUCUCUGCCGUGUACAAGACCGUUGGCUUUAAAGAGACGGAAGCGCAGGUUUUUCUUGCUGCUGCCCCUGUCACUGCCAAGAUCCUCGAUGUGGAACGCUUCACCAGGGCCCCGGACCGCUUCAACAUGUCCAAACACAGGAGCGUGUCCAAGGCGAUGCCGGCCGUGUUUAAGAUCGAGCUCAAACACGGGAACUUCACCUGGAUAGUCAAGAGAAAAGAGAAGCACUUCAUGGAGCUGCACAGAGAGCUUCUGCGAUAUAAGACCCUCAUGAGGAUCCCGCUGCCCACCCGGAGCCACACAGAGAGACGAAAGAGCAUAAAGAGGAGCGAGGUGAGACAGAUGCCCGCACUGCCUCGGGGAGGUGGAGAUGAGCUGGCACGAGAGGAGCAAGUGUCUAGUCGGAGAAAACAACUGGAGGACUACCUAAACAAGCUGCUGAGGAUGGCAAUGUACCGAAAAUACUACGCAACCAUGGAGUUUAUUGAUGUGAGCCAGUUGUCCUUCAUUCAGGACUUGGGCCCCAAAGGCUUAGAAGGCAUUGUAUAUAAAAGGUCAGGGGGUCACCGUAUCCCAGGCAUGAACUGCUGUGGCCACAAUGAAGUCUGCUACCGCUGGUCCAAGAGGUGGCUUGUUGUGAAGGAUUCUUUUCUUUUGUACAUGAAGCCAGACACAGGUGCCAUUUCAUUUGUUCUGCUGGUGGACAAUGAGUUCAUUAUCAAAAUGGACUCUAAAUACACAGAGACCAAGCAUGGAGUGAGGAUAGAGAACUUGUCCAGGAAACUAGUGCUGAAAUUCACUAGUUACAGACAUGCAAUGUGGUGGGGUCAGGCCAUUGAAACCUUUGUCCGGAAGCAUGGCAAGGCCUUUUUAAGGACACACCGCUUUGGAUCAUUCGCCAGAGAGGAGGAGAACAUACCCUCUAAAUGGUAUGUGAAUGGCAAAACCUACAUGGAGGAUGUCGCAAACGCUCUGGAGGAAGCCAAAGAAGAGAUCUUCAUCACAGACUGGUGGCUGAGCCCUGAGAUCUUUCUGAAGAGGCCUGUAGUGGAAGGCAAUCGCUGGAGGCUCGACUGCAUUUUGAAACGCAAGGCUCAACAAGGAGUGAGGAUCUUUGUUAUGCUGUAUAAAGAAGUGGAGUUGGCACUCGGCAUCAACAGUGAAUACAGCAAAAGAACACUAAUGCAUCUUCACCCAAAUAUCAAGGUGAUGAGGCACCCUGAUCACGUGUCCUCCUCUGUAUACCUAUGGGCGCACCAUGAGAAGAUUGUAGUCGUUGACCAAUCAGUAGCUUUCGUUGGUGGAAUUGACCUUGCGUACGGCCGCUGGGAUGACCGUGAGCACCGACUGACAGACGUGGGAAGUGUAACACGCUCCGUUGCUCAGGCCAUAGAGGAGACUCAGGGACCGGAUUCAUCCACGCCCAAGAAAAAAGUGUCCACCAGUGGAAACAGCAGCCGGUCAAUGACUGGUGACUCAGUGGACCUGCCCAAACUGAAAGGCAUCGGCCGCACUCGCAAAACACGUUUCAGUCUGUACCAUCACAUCCAAAGAGGCCUUCAUCAUGCUGACAGCAUCAGUAGCAUCGACAGCACAAAUAAGAGUGGCUCAGUGCACAGUCUUCAGACAGGAGUGGGAGAGCUGAUGGGAAACACACGCUUUUGGCACGGCAAAGACUACUGCAACUUUGUCUACAAAGACUGGGUUCAGCUGGACAAGCCUUUUGAUGAUUUUAUUGACAGGUACACAACCACCAGAAUGCCUUGGCACGACAUUUCCUCAGUGGUGCAUGGGAAAGCAGCCAGAGAUGUGGCCAGGCAUUUUAUACAGCGUUGGAACUUCACCAAGAUAAUGAAGCCAAAGUACAGAUCACUCUCCUACCCGUUUCUCCUCCCCAAAUCUCACAGCACUGCCAAUGACCUAAAGUACCAAGUGCCAAACUGUGUCCAGACCAAAGUCCAGGUUCUGCGGUCAGCUGCAGACUGGUCGGCGGGAAUCAAGCACCACGAGGAGUCCAUUCAUAAUGCCUAUAUUCAGGUCAUUGCCAAGAGCAAGCACUUCAUCUACAUUGAGAACCAGUUCUUCAUCAGCUGUGCUGAUAACAAAAAUGUUUACAACAAGAUUGGUGACGCUAUUAUCGAGCGAAUCAUCAGAGCUCACAAGGAGAAGAAGUCUUUCCGGGUGUAUGUGGUGACUCCACUGCUGCCUGGAUUCGAGGGAGACAUUUCCACAGGAGGAGGAAAUGCACUCCAGGCUGUUAUGCAUUUCAACUACAGGACCAUGAACAGAGGAGAGUACUCCAUAAUCUCUCAACUGAAGAAAGAAAUGGAUGACCAAUGGAUGAACUACAUCUCUAUUUGUGGUCUGAGGACUCAUGCGGAGCUGGAGGGCAGACUGGUCACUGAGCUCAUCUACGUUCAUAGCAAGCUGCUCAUUGCUGACGACAACACUGUCAUUAUUGGGUCUGCCAAUAUCAACGACCGCAGCAUGCUGGGAAAAAGGGACAGCGAAGUAGCUGUGAUUUUUGAAGAUUCAGAAACGACGCCAUCGGUGAUGGAUGGUCAAGAGUACCAGGCUGGCAAGUUCGCUCUGCAGCUCAGACUGGAGUGCUUCAAAACCAUUCUUGGUGCCUUUGAUGAUCCAACCAUUGAUGUCAGCGACCCCAUCAGCAACGCAUUCUACAAAGACGUCUGGAUGAGCAUUUCGGGUCGGAACGCCACCAUCUAUGAAAAAGUUUUCCGCUGUCUGCCCUCAAGUCUGGUGAGGAACAAGCAGGAGCUCAUGAGCUUCCAGUUCAAACCAGGUCUUGAUAAAGAGGACCCUGUUAAAGCUCAGGAGCUGCUGAAGAAGAUUAGAGGCUUCCUGGUCCAGUUCCCGCUGGACUUCCUUUGUGAGGAGAACCUCAUGCCCUCAGUAGGCACCAAAGAAGCCAUGGUGCCCACUGAGAUCUGGACCUGAUGGCACCAAAUGAGAAGCACAACAACGACAAUCCACUUCCGUCAUGAGGAUAAAAACAAAGACAGCACUGUGGUGGACGAAACCUCUCCAGUGGAUACGAAGAAGCAAAGGAUAGUAAGACAAGCUGUCUGUCAAUUGUCAGGAAAUUUCAUAUUGUUUUGUAUCUCGUCGAUGUUAUAAAUGUACAUAAUGAUAUAUGUAAUUAUCAGCACAUAUUGUGCUUUUACAAUAAUGUAUUUAAUGAGAUGCCAAACAGAAGGGCUUUUUAAAGAAAUGUUUUAUUUCUAAUGUACAUAAAGAGAUUUGAUUUUUAUCGCUAUAGCCGGCUCAUUUGUAGAGGCAGCACUCAAAGUGAAGAGCAAAAUGGAGAGUGGAAGGCCUGUCAGAUGUAAUUUUGUCACUGCAGCCCAUUCUUCAGCACGGCGUCCCCAGUGGAAGCGCAUCCAUGACAGGCUGAGUACAGUGAUAUGUGUUUUCUGUCUGGUGAACCAGCUCUUAGACGGAGUCUGCAGAGGCUUUUACUGUCCAGCCUCGCUGCCUGUGUCUAAGUGUCAGUGCUCUGGGGAGACCAGACAAUCUGUCUGCGAAUUAAAGUGCUGAGUAACUGAAGGAAAUUGUUGCCUUUCAGCACCAAGCAGCGACGUGUGGCGUCCACUUUUUAUGUUUUCCCCUUCACAAAUGUGGCACAGGUCAGUUUUCACGAAUCGGCGCUCGUUGCCAUGUUCACAUUGCCCCUUGGUGUUUGAAUAUCAUCGGGUCAGCCUUUUUCAGCAGUUUGCCGCUCUAUAUGUAUUUUUAGUGAUUUUUCAUGUUUUUAGUUUUUGCGCUUUUAUCUGUGUUUCCCCCCUGAAAUAAAAAGUGCUAUAUGGGAAUAUACUACCAUUCGGAGUUUGGGAUCAGUAAGAGUUUUUAAUGUCUUUCAGAAAGCCCGUCAUCCUCACCACUGCUUAAUUUAGCUGUAAUAAUUACAGUAAAACAAGUUACAAUUUUGUGUUAUAACCUGAUUUCCUGGGGUACCAAUCCCAUUCAAAAAGAGACCUUAGGAACGCUAAGGGUUAAUACAUUUUAGUGCUGCCGAACGAUUAAUCACGAUUAAUACCAUUCAAAUUAAAAGUUUUUGUUUACAUAAUGUCCGUGUACUGUGUAUAUUUAGUACGUAUAUAUAAAUACACACGUAUAGCAUGUAUUUUGAAAAUAUUUACAUGUGUAUAUAUUACGUAAGCAAUAAGGUGCUAGAGGCUAUGCUGCAUCACGGCUGAAGGGCGUUGAAUUAAAGAUGAAAGAUGCAACAUAACGUGAGCAGGGGUCACUCAUACUUCAUUAAAUAAAGAUAAAACUUGUAUAACAAAUUUAACUAUAUUAUUCAUUUCAUGUUGCUAAUAGUGUUGCUCAGUAAUACACAGAACCGUUGGGUGAAGUGGUCAAAGCCGUGCCGUAUUGUGAAUAAAACGUUAAAAUGGUUCGUUCCAUUUCUGGAUUCUGAUUGGUCAGCAGCUGUGUUUUAUUCAGUCUCUCGUACCUUGUUGCUUACAUAAACUAUAUCAUAUAUAAAUAUAUUUAAUAUAGAAAUGUCACAUUUUUCUUAAAUGUGUGCAUGUGUUUGUAUUUACAUAUACAUUAGUAUACACAUACAUUGGCUAUUAUGUAAACAAAAACUGAUUUUGGAUGUGAUUCAUUGCGAUUAGUUUGACAGGCUACUGUAAAAACAGGCUAUAUUAGUGCUACGUAUGCAUGUAAUGUUAUCUUAUAUGCCACAUUUUCAGCAGUCAUUUGGUGCAGAAACGAGAAACAUCUUAUCGAUGUUGAAAACUGCCAUGCUGUUUAUUAUUUUUGAGGAAACCUAAUACUUUUUCACAGGAUAUAAGGCAUUGUUUGACAUAAAAAUCAUACGUUUACUGACCCCAAGCUUUUGAAUGUUAGUGUUUCAAAAUUUCCACCUAAUUUUACCGCCAUAAUGCAACUCAUUUCUGUCACUCAUUUCUAGUUGGUGAAAUUGUGCAUUAUAAGUCUGAAUGUAGCCAAAGUUUAAUUGUCUAAAAUGUAGUUUUUUUUUUUUUUUUUCCUUUAAAAAAGAUGCACAAAAAAAGAAUCUGCACUGAGAAGUUCACGUUCACAAAGUGAUCCAGCAUAGCUUCGGAAAUGUAUUUAACGUGUAUCACUGGCUUUGAAGAUUCAAGCUCGACGCAUCUUCCCUCAGUUGGUGAAAGCAGAGUCGAACCCGACUGAAUAACACAGAGCUCCUGCUCUACCUUUUCUAGCACAUUUCAUAACAAGCAUGUUGUCUUUUAGUUAUAUUAACUGUGAAUUUGACAGACAAGGUGUAUUUUAGCCGUGACUCCAUUUCGAUCUGUGUAAUAGAAAUUUGCACUAAACAAGUUUCAAAUAAAUUGCAAAAACA